AUGAAUAAUGAUGAUGAUGCUUUUACUACUGGAUCACUAUCAUGCAAACAUAAUUGUAAUAUAGCUAAUAGUACAUUUGGAUCUUUCUGUAUCUUAUUAAGUUCACUUUCUGCUCUUAUUCUAACAUUUUCUAUUGGACUAAGUGUGUGUAAAAAUAAUUCUCUUAAUUGUGAUUCCAUGGGUUUAAAAUUUAAAAAUUUUUCUUAA